GCUCCGCUCCCGCCAUGGCGCCCGGCAGGAAGAGGGCGACGGCCCGGGGCGCCGCCAAGGCCUCGGCGCGGGACAAGCGGGUGGACGCCUUCCUGAAGGACUUCGACCGCGAGGUGCGGGCGCGGGUGGCGCAGGUGCGGGCGGAGGGCGAGAGCCUGAAGAAGGACGUGGAGAACCUGUGCAACAUGGAGCUGCUGCGGCUGCCGCUGGCGGUGCGCGACCUGAACUGGAUCGAGUUCCUGGCGCUGGGCGGCGGCGAGAAGGCCCUGGAGAAGGUGGCCUCGAGCGAGGUGGACAUCGCGGAGAUCACCCAGCUGGCCUCCAGGGCCAUCCAGACGCCCUUCCGGGUCGCCAAGAAAGCCAAGCAGCCCAUCGACGAAGAGAUGGAAACAUCUCUGCUGCCCGCAGGCAAGAAAUCCAGGCAGGAGAACCAGGCGGCUGCGGAUCUGGAGGUGGCACCCCAGAAGCCGGGGAAGGCGCAGACCUCGACCAAAAGGCCCCCCAACUCCAAGAGGACCCGGCCCCCUUCAUCCCGAGCCAAGAAUUUCCCCAAAAGCAAAGUGAGCCACGCCACUCCGGUCAUCCGAGGGAACCCCACGAAAGCCACCACUCCUCUGUUCACCCCUGCUGGCAAGUUUGACUCCAGCAUUUUCAGGACGCCCGGCCUGCGGGCCCCUGCUGCCCACGAAAGGGUCUUCAGCAUCUCGGUGAACGGCAGCCCCCUGGCAGACAGGAGCGAGGUCUUCCUCACGGUGCCCCUGGGCGGAGGAGAGAACGUCCGGAUCAGGGCCAGCGAGCUCUCGGAGAGGGACCUGCGGGGGCUGAACGCCCAAGCCCUGGGCAGCGUGAAGAAGCUGUCGAGCCAACUUGCGCACCUCUGCAGCCGAGUGGGCGGCCCCAAGUGAAGAGGCUUCCGAGCAGCAGCUGCCUGUCGCUUUGGUCCUGGCCUGGGGAAGGGGAGAUUGGGCUCAAGGGCCCCCUCCAAAGGG